AUGUACGGAGGAGACAGGGGGGGCUUUGUGUGCCUCGAGCAAAGAGAAGCUGCCACCUCUCCAGCCCUCCACGCACUCACCUCCCGGCGACAUGCAGGGGCUCCUUGUCCCCACCCUUCUCCUCACUGGGCUGGCACAGGGCUGCCCAGUAGGCAGCUAGUUAGGUGGUUGGUCUACAGUGAAGAAGUCCAGGUCUGGGCACUGGACACUGGGCUGUCAGACACCCCUAGAGGAGGGCCAGGAGAAACGCCAGAAGUGUAUCCACGUAAACAAGUUUGUCACUGGCCCUGCAAAUGCCCUCAUCAGAAGCCGAAUUGCCCGCCUGGAGUGAGCUUGGUGAGGGACGGCUGUGGAUGCUGCAAAAUCUGUGCCAAGCAAACAGGGGACCUCUGCAAUGAAGCUGAUCUCUGCGACCCACACAAAGGGCUGUACUGUGACUACUCAGCAGACAGCCCUCGGUUCGAGACUGGAGUGUGUGCAUACCUGAUAGCUGUUGGAUGUGAGAUCAACAGAGUUCAUUAUCAGAAUGGCCAAGUGUUUCAGCCUAACCCUCUGUUUCGCUGCUUGUGCGUGAGUGGGGUCAUUGGAUGCACGCCUCUGUUCAUCCCCAAGCUGGUUGGCAGCCACUGCUCUGAAGCCAAAGUUGGAAAGAAGUCAAACUGUGUUCUGGGACCAUCACAACGGCAGCUCCCAGCAAGCUACAAAACAAUGCCAGCUUACAGGAAUCUCCCACUUAUUUGGAAAAGAAAAUGUCUUGUGCAAGCAACAAAAUGGACUCCAUGCUCUAGAACAUGUGGGAUGGGAAUAUCUAACAGGGUCACCAAUGAAAACAGUAACUGUGAAAUGAGAAAAGAGAAGAGACUAUGCUAUAUUCAGCCUUGCAGCAGUAAUAUGUCAAAGACUGUAGAGAUUCCCAAAGGGAAAACCUGUCAACCUACUUUCCAACUUGCCAAACCGGAAAAAUUUGUCUUUUCUGGAUGUUCAAGUACUGAGAGUUACAAACCCACAUUUUGUGGAAUGUGCCUGGAUAAGAGAUGCUGCAUCCCAAAUAAGUCUACGAUGAUUACCAUUCAGUUUGACUGUCCAGAUGACGGGUCACUGAAGUGGAAGAUGCUGUGGAUAACAUCUUGUGUAUGUCAGAGAAACUGCAGAGCACCUGGAGACAUAUUUUCAGAGCUCAAGAUUCUAUAAAAUAUGGGAUAAAGUUAAGGUUAGUCAAUUGUGUCAUAUAAUCAAAAAACUAGAAUGAGUAGAAAAGGGUGACAAAUCUUUGAGUUGAAAAUACUCAGAAUAUCCACCCAUUCUCACAUUACUGUAUUGAGAUAUUAGAAGUUUCUUAGAAAAGUUCUACCAAAAAUGCAUAGAAAAAGUAGCUGGGUGACAGUGGCUCAUACCUGUAAAUCCUAGCUACUCAAGAGACUCAGAUCUGAAGCCAUCCCACACAGGAAAGUCUAUGAGACUUUUAUCUCCAAUUAAAGACCAAAGAGCAGGAA